GAUAGAAGGGAAGAGUCUGGGAAGAGGAGGAGGGAAAAGGGGAACAGAGGGAGGGAGCCGGGGAAAUCAGGUUUGGAAUUCAGGCAGUAAAGUUCUGCUGCUGAGAGGGGAGAGAAUUGGACUUUAUAUAUAACAUCAGCGGGAGGAAGACUGAAUGGAAAGAGUGUGGGGCAGGUCUGUGGCUCUAUCAGUAGGAGGUAACGGGGCAAGAGACAGGACAACAGGGACAGAUACGGAACAGACAGUGAGACAGAGACAGUAGCCGAGUAGCAGAGACAGGAGGAGUUUACACCUGGUCGAUAAGUUCUGACAAACUUCGAGAACUGUUUUUCCUCACUAAGAUGAACUGGCACUGGCACUAAGCUCGACUCUCACACCCAGCAGAACCAUGAGGUUACUUCAGUUCUGUCGACUACCAAUCCUUGGGAUAGGACUAUUAGUCCUUAUGGCUAUUGGUUUCACCAUUCAGCUCCUGGGAACUCAUUUCCAGAAACGGCCCCCUCAGACCUUCACUGUAUUGCACCCGCUCUCCUCACCCUCAAUACGAACUUGUAGGCCAAAAUCUCACAUAGUGUUCCUGAAGACCCACAAGACAGCUGGAAGCACUAUACUAAAUAUGCUACACCGUUAUGGGGACAGGAACUCAUUAACAUUCGCUCUACCCCAAAAGUAUCAGUUCAACUACCCCAAUCUGUUCCAUGGUCGCAGGGUGAAAGGAUAUAAUGAACUCAACAAGCCAACGUAUGAUAUCUUGUGCCACCACAUGCGCUUCAAUCUCCCAGAGGUCAGGAAGCUCAUGCCUGCAGACUCCUUCUACUUCACAAUUCUACGGGAUCCAGCCACCUUAGCUGAGUCUUCUUUCUCUUAUUACCGCUUAGUUUCAUCCGCCUUUAAGAAAGCCCCCAACUUUAAAGCGUUUAUAGCUCACCCUUCUCACUACUACAAACCAGGGGAGAGAUCAAACCACUAUGCACACAAUCUUUUGUGGUUUGACCUGGGAUUUAACCCUGACACUCCAUUCAGAGAAGCUCUGGCCAAAGCAGGAGCCAGGGUAGUAGAAGGGGCUUUCCACCUGGUCCUACUCUCUGAGUACUUCGAUGAAUCAAUGGUCCUUCUGAAGGAAGAACUGUGCUGGGAUCUUGAUGACGUGGUGACCUUUAAACUCAACACUCGCGAGGCUUCCACGCCAUUGGAAAAAAGAGAGAUAGACAGGUUACGGGCCUGGAAUACCCUAGACUGGUAUCUUUAUAUCUACUUCAACCAUACCUUCUGGGAGAAAGUAGACAGAUUUGGGAGAGAGAAGAUGGACAUUGAAGUUAGAAUGUUGAAGAAAAGAAGACAACAGCUAGCUGAGAUUUGUCUGGAAGGGUUGAAUCCUAUAAGAGCAGAUCAAAUCACAGAAGAGGGUAUCAAACCAUUUCAGUUUGGGCAGGACAAAAUCCUGGGGUGGACAGUGAAAAAGGAUCUUGAGCCCAAAACCCGGGCACAUUGUGUCCAAAUGGUAACUCCAGAGCUGCAAUACAAGGACAUUUUGGAUGCAAGGCAGUUUCCACAAGGUGUGCGAAGUGGGUCUGAGCCAGGCCCAGCAGGGACCUCAGUAAAGCAUCUAAAGUCUUAGAAGGUUCUAAAGUUGGAAAUGCAAUUGAAGUGGGUUUUAGGAAUACUGAUGUGAUUAUUUUUGGGUUUAGUCGACAUCAGUCCCAUAAGACUUAUACAAGGAUGCUAUCUUUCAAGACUACUUUCCACCAAGCUGCACUCCUUUCACAUGAAUGUCAUCCAUCUUCACUAAGGUGGGGACUGUGGGCAAGAAAGGCUUGAUCCCCUUACCCAAAGGAAUGUAACUGCCCUCAGAUAUGAUUAUCAUUUACCUGUGGAACAUACCAAUGUGUGUUGAGGGGGAACCGCCAUUGCCAUAACAAGCGUACAACCAUCAUUGGGUAUUCAGUAAGAGUCAGCCCCUUAGAGACUGAGACUUUAUUGAAUGGUUUAUGUCAAAGAAUUUUUAUAGGAAAUAUAAUGUUGAACUUGUAUAUUUAUAGAGAUGUUUUUAUACUAGUGUGCAGUAAACACACUCCUUUCAAUU